AUGAAUAUCCACUCUUUUUUAAAUCAACAAAAGAAUCAGAGAGGUCCAAAAGACCAAAAUAGAAUGACAACACUAAAUAAUAACAGUUCAACAACAAUUAGAGAUAUUAGUUAUUACAGGAAUAAUGAAAAUAGUAAUGCAGGAAAAAUGAAUAUGAAUAAUAACGUCCUAAAUAAUAAUACAGUUAAUAAUAAUAAAGUAAUUAAUAAUACAGUGAACAAUAAUACAGUGAACAAUAAUACAGUGAACAAUAAUACAAUAAACAGUAAUACAAUAAACAGUAAUACAAUGAAUAAUAAUACAAUAAACAGUAAUGCAAUGAUUAAUAAUAUGUAUAAUAACUCCAAUAAUAUGAACAAUAAUAAUUAUUCAUUAGGUUUAUAUAUUGAUAAUCCUCAAAAUGCAUUUGUAUUUGAUGAAAAUGAUUUAAAAACUUUAUUUUCUCAUUAUAAAGGGGCAAAAAAUAUAAGAAUUUUAAAGGACAAAGCAGCUGCUCAAAUAACUUUUAAUGAUCAGAAUAUGAUACAACAAGUCAAAAAAGAUAUCAACGGAUUAACAAUUAACGACAUUGGUACUAUUAGAUGUAUUAUACUAAAUGAAGGAAAGGUAAUCGAACAGUUUCUUCCCUUUUCAGCUAAUGAUCCUUCUGCAAUUCAACAAAAUUCGAGUACCAAACAAAAUAGUGAAAAUACAGUUAACAUGCUAAAAAAAUUGGCCAGCUUAUUACAGCCGCAGAAUAGUGCUAACAAUAGUGGUAUGAGCAGCAUGAGUAAUAUGAGCAAUAUAAACAAUAUGAGCCAUAUGAAUAGUAUUAGCAGUAACAAUGUUAACAGUGGUAGUAACGGUAACGGUAACAACGGUAACAAUAUUGCGAAAAAAAAAAAUGACAAUAUGAAUGUAAUAUUAGGAAAAAAUCAAAUGAAGAACAAAAUUAUGAAUCAUUCGAAUUAUAACAAUAAUAACAAUAAUAACAAUAGUUUCAACGGUGCUCAUAAUAGUAAAAGUGAUCAAAAUGAGAAUCCAUAUGCUACUAAAAGAUUAAGUAGAAUAGAAUUAAUUGAUAUAUUUGGUUUUCCUACCGAAUUUGAUAUAAUGAAAAAAAUUUUAGGUAAAAAUAAUUCUAAUAUAGUUUAUAUAAAUGAACAAACAAAUAACAGUGUAUCUAUUGAAAUAAAAGGAAAGCCACUAAAUGAAGCUCCAGUUGUUGAACGAAUGCAUAUAUCCAUAUCAUCAGACGAUAUAGCAUCUUAUAAAAAAGCAAUUGAAUUAAUUGUAAAAUUAUUAAAUUCUAUUUAUGAAGAAUUUUGUGAUUUCUGUUAUAAUAAUAAUUAUCAAGUACCAGAAAAUUUAUCUUUUAAAAGACAUGAAUAUAUGUAUAAUUCUGAUGGCAGUACGAAAUACGUAGGCUUUAAGGAUAAAUGGCAUAUAAUGAAAGAAAAUUAUAAAAAUGAUUAUACUUUUAAAAAAAAUAAAAUUGUACAAAAGAAUGAUAAGGAAAAAAGAAUUAAUAACAACGGAUUUAAUGCACAUUCCAACUCGAACAUUACAUAUAACAACCAAAAUGCUUUCAUGGGGGAUUUCAAGGAAAUGAAUUACAGUGAACCCAACCAUGGAAAUUUUCGCAAUAUUAAAUUAAAUAGGACAAGAGAUCAAAUGUUAUGA